UUAAUUUAAUUUAGGUGAUGAGGAUGAUAGAGAGGCUUGAGGUAGCUCUUCUAUGGCGGUGACUCUCAUACACUCUUCUCUCUACCACACCUAAAUCUUUGUCUUCUCUAUUACCUUUUUCCGCUCAUAAGCUUCCAUCGGAGGGCUUCACCGGUCGGCGAUCGGAGCUCCGUUUUCCGACGGCGGAGUCGUCCUUUUUUUUUUUGUUUAUUAGAGCGGGCGACUCGACGACUCACUCUUUUGUUCAUUUUUUUUUUUUCUUCAAUCUGAAUCUUUGAUGUCCUGUUUUCUUCUUCGUUCUCAACGUAAUUGCAGAAAAGCGAAGCUCAAAGCGGAAAGGUAAAGCCGCGUUUGGGUGACUUGUAAUACAUAUUAACGAAAAGGGGGAGAAGGGGAAAAAAAAAAAAAGAGGUGAAAGGAAAAUGAAUGGGAAUGUGGAUGGAGUGGUGGUUGGGAAUGGUGGAAUUGGGGGAGUGGAAAGUGAGUACAUUAGGAGGCACCACAAGCGCGAAGUGGGUGAUAAUCAGUGUAGCUCCGCUCUCGUCAAGCACAUCAAAGCCCCUGUUCAUUUGGUUUGGUCUCUGGUGAGGCGCUUUGAUCAACCACAAAAGUAUAAGCCGUUCAUCAGCAGGUGUGUUGUGCAGGGAAACCUUGAGAUUGGAAGUCUCAGAGAAGUAGAUGUCAAGUCUGGGCUUCCUGCCACUACAAGUACCGAAAGAUUGGAACUUCUUGAUGAUGAUGAGCAUAUCCUCAGGAUUAGGAUAAUUGGCGGGGAUCACAGGCUUAGGAACUACUCUUCAGUCAUCUCUCUCCAUCCAGAGAUUAUUGAUGGAAGACCAGGGACAUUGGUGAUUGAAUCAUUUGUGGUGGAUGUGCCUGAAGGAAACACCAAGGAUGAAACCUGCUACUUUGUCGAAGCCUUGAUCAAGUGCAAUCUCAAAUCACUUGCAGAUGUCUCUGAGCGGCUUGCAAUACAGGACCGGACUGAGCCCAUCGAUCGGAUCUGAAACUUGGAACUGAGAACAUACGGUUGAGGUUGAACUGUCAUGGAUGAGGCUUCCGAGGCUUUCGUAUCUCGGAAGCUUUGGAGACGGACAGACAGUAGUAUGCCUCCAUCUUUGUACACGAGCGUAGUCAGUCAGCCAGUUGCUCUUUGUUUGCCGUGUUCUAUGUCUUCCUUUUGAAUUCACAUUACUGGAUUUUCCGUCUUUAGUAGCUCAAGAACCACAGCUUUUAUAAAAGGUUUCAAGUCCCUUAUUAAAUUAAGUUAAAAAAAAAAAAAAAAAGACUAGGGUCUCUUCUUCCGCAUGGUUUCCAGGGUUUUGUCCAUGGUGGUAUGCUUUAUGGUUGUAUAUAUUUAUAUAUAUGCAGGAAAAAGAUGGUUCUGUCACUUUGUAUAUUUUUGUUUUCAUACUGUAGCUUUUGGUAGCGGAGUCCUUUGAUAAAAAUAGAAUAGUCAAAUUUAAGAUA